AUGGAGAGGAAGGCCCGCCCCCAGCUCCAGUGCUGGGGCCCACGGGAGGGGUCAGGAUGCGGAGAAGAUGCCGAUCCCGCAGGAAACGCCAGCGGAGCAGAGGCAGGGAGUGGGGACGGCCCUCCUGUCCUUCCCGAGCCCUCCACGGCGCUGGCCCGGCUGGAUCCCAGUUGGGCCUGCACCACACACCACGCCUGCAAAGACCUGCCCGGCUUAGCCAAGGCUGAUGGCCAGCUGCCCACUCUCAUGGGUCCCCUGCACGUGGACUUUGGAGGAGAGGAGAUGGACCUGGCCUCUGAACCCCAAAGGAUGCACACGCUCAUCUGGCCGCAGCUACAUCCAUAA